AUGAUCAUCAAGACAGUUCAACGAGAGUUUUACUUUGAAGAAUAUGAAUCUCUAGUUCAUGGCGAACCUUUACUGAAGUCAAGGACCUUACUGUCUCUUGAUGUUUUCCUUGACGACGAAGGCGUACUGAGAGUUGGAGGAAGGUUGAACAGGAGCAAGAUUCCUCGCGAUGUCAGAAACCCAGUCAUCAUUCCAGGCCGACAUCACAUCGCUCUGCUUCUUGUCAGAUAUUUCCAUUCUGUUGCUAAACAUCAGGGUAGACACAUAACCUCUGGAACUAUACGAAACGCCGGGUUUUGGAUCAUUGGAGGCAAACGUUUGAUCUCGUCUGUCAUCCAUAAGUGCGUUAAGUGUGGGAAACUACGUGGACAGAUGGAGCACCAGAAGAUGGCUGAUCUGCCACCCGAACGUGUAACGUCAAUCCCUCCGUUCACUUAUGUAGGCCUUGACACUUUCGGUCCUUGGGAAGUGGUCACUCGGAGAACAAGAGAUGGAGCUGCACGUGCAAACCGUUGGGCCAUACUCUUUACCUGUCUGACAACUAGAGGUAUCCAUAUCGAGGUGGUAGAAGACAUGAGUUCAUCUGCAUUUAUUAAUGCAUUCAAGCGUUUCGUUGCCAUCCGUGGCAAGAAUGUACAAGUUCAUUCGGAUAGGGGAACAAAUUUUGUGGGUGCAACAGAAGAUCUCCAAAUCGACACCAUAGAUUUGGAAGAUGGACCUGUGAAGAACUUCUUGUAUAACAAUGGAACAACUUGGCUAUUCAACCCACCACAUUCCUCCCACAUGGGAGGUGUGUGGGAGCGCUUGAUUGGGGUAACGAGAAGGAUUCUUCAUGCAAUGCUAUCAGAGAUACUCCCUGGUUCCUUGACACAUGAGGUUCUUACAACAUUUCUUGCAGAGGCAUCUGCAAUAGUGAACUCACGACCUCUCGUAUCGUUAUCGACCGACCCUGAAAACCCACUACCUUUUAGUCCAUUCAUGAUGCUUACUCAAAAACCAGCCAUGACGAGUAUCAGUUUGCCAACAGUAGAUGAGAAGAACAUGUACCGUGCACAAUGGAAACGUGUCCAACACCUCGCCGAAGUGUUCUGGAGAAGAUGGAAAUCACAAUACCUAGACUCUCUACAGAGUUAUCGAAAAUGGAAAUACGAUCGGCGUAACCUUUCAGAGGGAGAUGUGGUUCUGAUGAGAGACAAUUCAGUUGCACGCAACUAUUGGCCAAUGGGUAUCAUCACCAAAGUAUUCCCUAGUAGUGAAGGCAAGGUUAGGAAGGUAGAGGUCCGAGUAGUGUAUCGUGAAGGUGGAUCAUCGGUGUUCACGCGUCCUGUGACCGAAGUUGUGCUUUUGUUGUCUGACGAUUAG